UGGCAACGGGAGCUGUGAUGAAGAGGGGCACGUGCAGCGCAGGCCCCAGUCCUUCGAGGGCCGAGGAAGGAGGAAGGAGCCUUCUGGCGACUGACCCGCUUCCUCAUCGCUUUGGCUGAUCCGUUUGAUCAGGCUACUUGCUUUAUCAUUUUAUCAACCCCUUUGCUUAUCCCUGUUACCACUCCUAUUGGUCUCCCCUUUUAUCAUCCCUAUAGGUCACCCCUUUAAGAAUCCCUCUAGGUCAUCCCUUUUAACAUCCCAAUAAGUCAUCCCUUUUAGAAUCCCAAUAGGUCAUCCCUUUUAGAGUCCCUAUAGGUCAACCCCUUUAGAAUCCCUAUAAGGCAUCCCUUUUAGAACCCCUAUAAGGCAUCCCUUUUAGAAUCCCUCUAGGUUCUACAUUUUAACAUUCCAAUAAGUAAUCCCUUUUAGAAUCUCUAUAGCCCUGUUAUCAUCCCUGUAGGUUAUACAGUUUAUCAACCCUAUAGGUUAUAGAGUUUAUCAUCCCUAUAGGUUAUAGAGUUUAUCAUCCCUAUAGGUCAUCCCAGUUAUCAUCCCCAUAGGUCAUAUGUUUUAAAAUCCCUAUAGAUCAUCCCUAUAGGGCCUCCCUCUUAUCAUCCCUGUAGUACAUACAGUAUAAAACCCCUAUUGAUCAUCCCUUGUAUCAUCCCUAUAGGUCAUACAUUUUAUAAUCCCUAUAGGUCAUCCCUUUUAUCAUCCCUAUAGGGCAUCCCUUAUAUCAUCCCUAUAGGGCAUAGAUUUUAAAAUCUCUGUUGGUCAGUUUGUUUGCCAUCACUUUUACACAUCCCUGGCAGAUCCUGUCUGGGCAGAAAGGCUUUUAUUUUUGCAGACAUGGCGACUCCCUUGGACACUCUCAGCCUCUCCCAGCUGCUGGAUCUCGCCAUCGGGAUGCCCCAAAAUGGAGCCGUCCACUUUGCGGCCCUGAGGAAACUGCUGCAGGCCGUGCUGGGGCACCUGGACGUGCAGUACCUGACAGCCCAGGAGCCGUGGACGGGCGAGCUGAGUGGCCCCUCACUGGCUGAGUUGGCCAUGGGCAUGAAGGACAUGAAGCAGGAGAUAGAAUCCUGCAGGAAACUCAUAUCUGAGACCGUGUCUCAGGAGAUUGGUGAGAUAAAGGCUGAACAUUCCCGUGUGUCAGAGGACAUCAGGAAGAUCCAGGAGGCACAGGCCAUGGCUGCCUCCAAGCAUCUCCAGGAGAUUGACAAGUUAAAGGCUGCACAGUCCCGCAUGGCAGAGGACAUGAAGAAGGUCCAGGAGGAGCGUGACCAGGCCAUGGCUGAGUGCCAGGAUCUCCGUGAGGAGAUUGACAGGAUAAAGGCAACACUAUCCUUCAUGGAAGAGGACAUUAUGAGGAUUAAAGAGACCCUUGCAUUGAUGAAGAAGAUGGAGGAUGACAUCAGAAAGCUGAGGGCGGAUAUGGCAAAGUGGAAAGAAGAGACCAAUGAGCAGAUCACUCAGCAAAUGGAGUCUGUGCUGCAGAAGACAAAGAGUGAGCUGAAGAAGAUGGAGGAGCAGCAGGAGAUGAAGAAUUCCAUGCUGGAGCAGCUGGUGACUGAGACAGCCAACCAGCUGAAUGCUCAGGACCAGCAGCUGCUGCAGCACAUGGAAGACUCAUUUGGCAAGAUUCAAAAGGAAUACAAGAAACUCAGCUACAUCUCGGAGAGUAUCCAGACAGACUGUCAGAUGAAGCAGAAAGCUAUUGAGAUGCUGUUCCAGUCCUUGGAGAAGCUGAAGAAGGAAAAAGUAGAUGAGCAGAACAUGUUGACAGCAAUGGACAUGAAAGCGGACAAAGAUGCCUUGGGCAGCAAAGUGGAUUGCACUCAGUUUGAGGCGAGCAUGGAGGGGCUGGAUCAGAGGCUGCGGAAGAUUCAGGGCCAGAUGUCAGGACAGAAUCAGCACUGGAACGAGCUGCAGCAGAAGCUCAAGGACAUGAAGGAAAACAAGCUGGAUCGUGGGGAGCUGAAGUAUUUCAGAAAUCGGUUAGAGGAGAUCUGGAAGGGGAAGAUGGAAGAACUUGAGAACAGGAUCUUGGGUGACAGCGCCGCUGGGCUGAGGAAGCAGCUGCCAGUCCCUUUCACGUGCCUGUCCUGUGACCGCCCGGUCAAAACGCAGGUUCCUGGCCUGUAUCCUGAGACACUCCCAUAUUUUCAACCGCUGCCCCCCAGCAAGGAUGCACAGCAAAGCCAAAGGAGAACAGUGGUCAAUGGCAAGAUCCCCCGAGUGGCCCCGAGCAUCGGGAACCCUCAGAGCAGCAGAAGCCCCAGACAGCUCAUCCAGGCUUCCCCCCGGAACAACGUGCGGCUGAAGAGCAUCACAGCACUCCCCAGCAAGCCUACUGUGAUCAAGCUGCUGGGCAGCGAUGGCAACAUCUCCAAGGUUCAGAAGGACCAGACUCCUGUGGUGGACAGAGCACAGGAUGAGCCAGGCCCUUCCACCUCACAGGACCACCGACCAGCCACGACCCACAGCCACGUCUCCCGAGCACCGGCGCUCGUCCAGACACUCCGGCCCCGCCAGACGUCGUCAGCCCCCAAACAGCUGGACAGGACUGGGUGCCCAGGGACGUCUUCUAAGCAGACACGGGACUUUGUGAAAAUUGCCCUCAAACGGAUGACUUUUUGAUUUUAUUAGGUUAAUAAAAAACCUUCAAAAUGCAGACAAA